AUGUCAAACUCCACAGUGAGGUUAAUGGCCCUAGUUGGCGGGCUGUUAUUACUACUAACCUCUGAAAUUGUGGCUUCCAAACUUUCCUUACCCUUAACGGGUAGCAAUCAUCAUCAUCACCAUAAUCAGCUGACCUCUUCGACCAUACACCUUACCCCCAAUGGAUUACAAUGUCAACGUAUAACGGUCUCAGCAUGUCAUGGUGUUGGCUAUAAUAUGACAGCCUAUCCGAAUUUAGCCGGUCAUACAAAUCAAAUGGAAGCUGAACUUAGGAUCACCAAACUGUUGCCAUUAAUCGAAUCACAUUGUUCCAAUACAAUACGUUUCCUGUUAUGUUCAUCACUCUUCCCGCUGUGUACACCAGAUGUACCCCGGCCGGUGACAGCCUGCAAGUCAUUGUGUGAAUUUGUAAAGAGCGAAUGUUCAUCACAUACUGAGCUAAUGCAGUUAUGGCCGGAAUUUUUAAAAUGCGAACAAUUACCCAGCCCAGAACAUCAGGAAUUGUGUAUGCAAAUACCCACAAUACCGACGGUGCAACAACAUCAUUUGCUGCAAACACAUUCGGGAGGUCCGAGUGUAGCUAUGGCACCACCAGCACCAGCACCCAAUCAUCAUUUCUAUUGGCCAUGGAUGUCUCAGCACAUCAUCAGCAAAGCCAUUAAGCCCACCGCCAUUUGUCCAACAAAUUUUACCGUCAACCUCUUCAAUCCCGAUGAGUGUGUACCCCAGUGCAGUCGGGAUGGUUUCCAUACUACACAACAAAAGAAAAUUGCUGAAAGUCUAAUAUUGGGUCUAUCGGCAAUAUGUUUUGUCCUAACACUCUUCUCCUUGGUUACAUUUUGGGCUGAGCCCACCCGAUUUGGUUAUCCCGAAAGACCAGUACUGUUUUUGUGUCUGUGCUAUAACCUGUUCUCCGUUUGCUAUUUGGAGAGAAUUGUAUUCCACAAUUCCUCAAGGGCCAUGGCCUUAAUGGAAGAUCCGCUGAGUAAGACACAACAUCCGGCAUGCUCUUUGGCACCACCCUGUUUGGCUUCCUACAUUACGACGAGUUAUUUAAGUUUGUGUGCUGCCACCUGGUGGUUAAUAUUUGCUCUAUGUUUUUAUCUCUCAUCACACAAGAAAUGGUCUUCGGAGGCAUUGGAAAAGAAAUCGGGAUUGUUCCACGUUUUGGCUUGGGUACCACCAUUGGCACCUCCCAUUGCGGCAUUGCUAAUGGAAAAGGUUAAACCCAAUGAAUUGACUGGCAUGUGUACGGCUCCAGGUUUUGUGGAAAUACCCACCAUGGUUCUCCUGCUAUUGGGUUUCUUUUUUACUCUGCGAGCUUCCAGAUCUCUACAUGCCCUGCAACAACAAAUGUUGCCCACAUUUGGCCAUCAAAGAUUUUCACAAAUCCGUAAACGUUUUCUGAUAUUCUCGUUGCUGUUCCUUGUACCCACUUUGGCUGGGGUGGUGUCGAGAUUUUUUGAACCUCACAUGGAUUCGGUGCCCACAUGUUCGACACGGGAGGAUUGUGCCUCACCCACACCAUUGAUUGCAUGGCCGACACUGCUGCGUUUGUUCUUCCAAUUAACUGGAGGCACCCUGACUGGUAUGUGGGUAUGGUCUCGUAAAACAUGUGAAUCCUAUCGUAGUCGUUUGGUACCCACGCCCACAUCAUCGAUGACCAAUACCACCACCAAAUCGGCAGCUUCGUUGCCCAAAAAACAUUUGCACACCUCGGGUAAAUCUACAAUUGGUGCUCCUCUCUACAGUGGCAUCAAUUUCCACAAUGUACCCGUCUACACCACCACCACCACCAUUGUGCCAAGAGUGUAG